AUGAAAGUUUUAACUCUGCUAAUCCUCGCGGCGAUCCACGGAUCAGUUUGUGCGAAUGACCAGAGAAAUAGUUUAGUGGUUUCUGUGAAAAAUGGACUCUUGAAGGGAAAACUUUGCUAUGGCAAUGAAAAGUCUUACGAAGCCUUCCUCGGCGUUCCUUACGCCAAACCGCCAGUCGAGGAUCUGAGAUUCUGCAGUCCAGUGCCUUGCGGAGCUUGGUCGGGAACCUACGACGCCACGUAUGCGCGGAAUGAGUGCCUCCAGAAGGUUUACCUCGUGCCCGAGCCAUUCAUCAAGGGCAGCGAGGAUUGUCUGUACCUCAACAUCUAUCGUCCCAGGAGAAGAAAUCCCAACGAAAAAUUGCCUGUUGUGGUUUACUUUAGCUUCGGAGGCUUUGCAGUGAGUUUCACGAGUCCUGAAAAUCUUUCUCCUGAUUAUUUCAUGGACACCGAGAAAGUGAUUUUAGUCGUCGUGCAAAGUCGCGUGGGCAUAUUUGGGUAUCUGAGUUCAGGCGAUGAACAUUGUCCUGGCAAUUAUGCCCUUAAGGAUCAGGCUUUGGCUCUUCAGUGGGUGCACGAGAAUAUUGAUGCAUUUGAUGGAGACUGCAAUUCUGUGACUCUUCUGUGUGCAGAUGACGUUGGUGGUUUGUGUCAAUAUCAUUGGAUUCAUCACGACACGUCGAAGCUUUUCCAUAAAGUCGUGCUGAAGAGUGGAAAUGCUUUUUCACUCUGUGCUCUAAAUGAACAUCCACAUCAGCAAUUCUUCGAUCACGCUAAAUUGAUUGGAGUUGAUCCCAAAAAGGUGACUUCCCUUGAGUUAACGGAAAAACUGAGGAAAACCGACGCUAAGACGCUCUUGAGUGCGACUGAUAAGCUUGACUUUUGGAUAGAGGAUCAGUUUGUGUUUUACCGUCCAGUAGUUGAAGUUGACUGCAAAGAUGCUUAUGUUAGGAAGAAUCCUAGAGAAGCCUGGAGACUUGGACACUUCGAUCCCAAGCCGCUCUACAUGACUUUUACUCAUAGCGAAGGAAAUGUUAGAUCGUCUCUUCUCUUGAAUCACCAAAAGAGGAAGAUCUUCAAUCAGGAUGUUGAUUAUCACCUUUCAGAAAUUCUCUUGGUGAAUCCCGUUCAUCUUCAGACGUUGAAGAAUUUCUACUUCUUGGACGGAAUGUGCAAUCUAGCAGAUGAAACUCUUUUCACUUAUCUUGAGCUUUUCACCAUGCCGCUGUUCCAUCAGCAUUUGUACAAUUUCCUCAAAUACUACGUCCAGCAUGUGAACACUCAGAAGUAUCCUCUAUCUGUUGAGAAGUUCAACUUCCAUGGAAAUCAUCACUUCUCAUCAGUCUUAUCAGGAUUUGAUGUGGAUCUCAACGUUGGAUUCUGCGAUGAUCUUAUUUAUCUCUUCCGCUUCCCUUCGCUCUUCCCGGACUUCGACAAGAAUUCCAUUGACUACCAGAUGAAGAACAUUUACGUCGACACUCACGUCAACUUCGCGUGCACCGGCGUGGCAAACACGUGGAUGACUGUUGCUCCGUGCGACGACGAAUACUUCAGAAAGUACGGCUUCUGCGAAUACCAAUUCUUCGCCAAUCAAACUGCGUACGUCGAUGGAGUCCUGAACAAUCAGGUCACCGUGGAUAUAACGAACUACUUCCCCCUUGAGGAGGUUCACAUGUGGAACAGCAUCACGGAGAACAGAAGAAAGUGCUCAAAGAUGAAGGUUGCAUUCGUGCUGUGCUUUGUCGUUCAUCUCUGUGUGGCGACAUUCAGUGAUAAGGGAGAUUUGAUCGUGUGUCCGCCGAUUGGAUGCAUCCAAGGCACGGUUAUUCCUGGUCACGUCAGAUCUUAUGAGGCAUUCAUGGGGAUUCCCUACGCCAAGCCUCCCGUUGGAGAGCUGCGCUUCAGGAAUCCAGUGCCAAUCGACCCGUGGGGAUCGAAAGUGUGGAAUGGAACUUACUCCAGAGACACUUGCAUGCAGAAGAUCUUCGCAUCUCACACGACAAGGAGUUAUGGCGCAGAGGAUUGUCUCUACAUGAACAUCUAUCGUCCCAUCCGGAAGCUGAAGACAAAACUCGCGGUGAUUGUCAUGAUAACUGGCGGAGGAUUCUCAUCUGGAACUGCGCAAAUUACUGAUUUCGCUCCCGAUUACAUGAUGAACAGGAAAGACAUCAUCUUAAUUCUGCCGGAGCAUCGUCUGGGAGUCUUUGGCUAUUUGUGCUCGGGAAACAGUGUCUGUCCGGGCAACUUCGGCCUCAAGGAUCAGCAGAUGGUUCUCGAGUGGGUCAGAGACAACAUCGAAGAAUUCGGUGGGAAUCCCUCGCAAGUGACUCUCCUCGGCCAAGGAUCAGGAUCAGCCUGUAUUCAGAUGCACAUGAUGAAUGUGAAGUCGUCGCUUCUCUUCCAUCGUGUGAUCCUGCAGAGUGGCUCCUUGGCCCAUUGGGCGCUCCUGCGGAAUCCCAGGAGUCAGUUCAUGCGUCAAGUGAAGUAUGCCGGCAUCAAAGGAUACAAGAACAUGACCACAAGCGAAAUUAUGGAGAAUCUAAGGAAUGUGGAUGCGGUGACGCUGAGAGAGACUGUGGACAAAUUCAAGUUCUGGCACUUUGAACAUCUCGUUAUUUAUCGUCCGUGCAUUGAAAAAGUGACCUGGGAGGAUGCCUUCCUCACCGAGAAUCCCUACGAUGCGUGGAGAAAUGGCAGAUAUGUGCCUAAGCCCGUUUUAAUUACUUUCACACCAAAUGACGGGACCUACAGAUCACCAAUUUUAACCAACGAUUCCGCCAUUAACGACUUCAAUGCGAGAAUGAGGAAAAUCCUUCCGAAAUUUCUCGAGUUCCCUUCCAAAUACGUGGAUGAUGUUGUAAAGUUCUACUUUGGCAACCACACUCCUCACAUUGGACCACAAAAUGAGGAGGUUUUCAUAAAUAUGGUUUCCGAUAGAUACUUCCAUCAAUCCUUGUACAACACCGUUCAGCAGCUGAGGAUGAAUCGCUUCGCGAAGAUGCCGCUCUACCUGUACAAGUUCAAUUUCAACAGCGAAUUCAGGUACACCAAGAGGACAACACUGACGGACAAGAACUUCGGCACAGGAUAUCGGGAUGAUCUGCUCUUCAUGUUCCGCAUCGCGAGUGUCUUUCCCGCCAUUGAGUUCGACUCCGUGGAGGCUCGCAUGAGUGACUUGUACGUCGGAGUGUUGGCCCACUUUGCCACUUUUGGCCGCGAAAAGUCGUGGCUGAGUCAUGAGAAGUGCUCGGGAAGUGUGAACGGGUUUUGUGAGUAUCAGGAGUUCCAAAAAUUUUCCGACAACACCACAAGUGAGGUGCUCGUGAAGGCAUCUCGCCAAUUUCGCGUGGACGCCGCUGAGUUCUGGAACGAGAUUGACGGGAGAAAGUGA